UUUCAGACACAGUUGAAAUGACAGACUUAACACACAUAGGAACGCUGCUUCUUGCCAUCACAACUCUUCUACUGGACAUCACAAGUGGAUUUUACAUCAACCAGUGGGCAGUGCAAGUGGACGACGUUCUUUAUGCUGACCAGGUGGCUGAUCGGCUGGCCAAUAAACAUGGGUACAAAAAUUUAGGAAAGAUAUUUGAUGGGUUUUAUUUAUUUGAACAUCCCAAUAUAUUAAAAAGGUCCUUACGAAAAAGUUUACACCAUGUAAGAUUAAAAAGAGAACCUGAGGUUCUUUGGGUAGAGCAACAAUAUGUGAAGAAGAGGGUGAAAAGAGAUUUACUAAAGUAUAAUCCUCACUUUAGAGACCCACUGUAUAAAGAUCAGUGGUACCUGCAUGCAGGCUCCAAGGAUGGGUAUGAUAUGAAUGUGUUACCAGCCUGGCAAAAGGGAUAUGCUGGCAGAAAUGUGGUCGUUACUAUACUCGAUGAUGGACUAGAAACAACACAUACCGAUAUACAGCCCAACUAU